GCAAUCCGAGCGGUUGCUCGUCGAAUCGGGAAAGUUUUCUGUCCAAAGGGGGAGUUUUGACGCCGUACGCGCGAUAUUCCGAGAUAACCCGGUAGGUUGGUGUUUUCGAUUGCGGAUCGGAAGCUGUCGUUGGUUGUUGAUUGGGUUGGGUUGGGUACUGUGUGUAAUCACUCCACAUGCUAUUAUGGUGAUAUCGGUAGCGGAUUGAGAGGACCCAACUUUGCGAAAAUACCGGCGGGUGGUGAACGUCGCCGUCGUCUCGUUAUAUGUCCUCUAGCCGUCGUUGUCCUGCUUUGGUAGACACCACGGUGUGCGUGGUCCGGUGUCCUUUGGCCGUCGCCGGUCGCUGCCAGGACAAAUUCCGCUUGUCGUUCUUGGGGUUGGACGAGGAUUUGUACACGUUUACCGUGAAUGUGUAUAGAGCCAACCUAUAGAAGGGACACUAUCCGGAGGUCGGAAAAGCCGGACCGGAAGUGCGCCAUUCGACGUUGUCGUCACACGGAUGUGUGUUAGAGUUGUUGGCGUCCUGCUGUACGUGUGCCCUUGGCUGUUGUACGUGUGAACAUCGGUGUGGAAAAUUUAUAAGAGUGCCAUUUCAAUUUGUGCAAAAACCGAUUCACAAGAAGCCAAAGAAUGGAUGCGAAGUGAAAAUCUCAUUCCAACCGUGUUGUCAUACGAGCAAUUUUGUCAUCAACAGUGUUCCGGAAGUGCGGGUGGGUGACUGCACAGGUGCAUCCAGUUCCCGCCUCAAGAGAUAUAAAUAGUUGCAUAGGAAGGGCAGAAAAUCCCUCAACUAGCCUUGAAAGAAGUGUUUAGCAGCUCUUUUCUGUGCCCGUGAUCUAUGACCCGGUCAAUGGUGGAAUUCACAGUGUAAGAAACGGUAUUUGAGAGCCAAUUUCAAGAGAGUGUCACCGACAGUAGCCCCCUUCUAUAUUUUUAACCCGGAAUCAUUCGUAAAAAGUCAAUAGCUCUAUUGUGUACGUAUUGCAACCGUUUUUUAUCCCUAAAAAGUAAAACAACCCAAGUAAGAUCCCGAGCCCGAAGAAAGGCGAAGCGUAAUUAAAAAUUUAUUGAAAAAAUCUUAAUUGGAAAAUACGCCAUCGCCAGUCACUGUGAGAAGGUCUCGAGGCACCGGAAGUGGCAGAAGAGUGUGGAAAAGCUGUUAAUGUGUUUUACGUGCGGUUUCUGAUAGCACCGAGAACAACCGAGAGGGGUUGCCAAGAAAUCGAGUGAGUUCCACAUUUGUUGAAGUGUUCCGUAAAUUGAAAAAGGACCCAGCUCCCUCGCGGUUUUAGCGGUUUUCUGAUCCGUUUAUUCAACCGGGAGAAAACAACAAAACUGCCAGACUAAACCAGACCGCACCUCUUUCCGUCAACGCGCAAAAGGAAAAACGCCGGAAGCCAGAUUGAACACCAAUUCACCAGCAAGCAAAGCGAUUACAACCAAAGCGCUCGCGGUUCUCGUCGUCGUCAUCGUCGACGUCGUCAUCGUCGACGACGUAACUCGCAGUUCGAAUAAUAUGUAUUGUGAAGCGUCCCGGUUCCGGUCCCGGUUGUUGGCGUCGCGACUCCAAAGGAUGUAACUUUUCCUUGCCCGAGAACGAAGAAGAACGCGCUCUAUUUCAUCUGCGCCUGGCGUCGUCGUCACCUUUUUUUUUCGGUCGGCGUGAUUUGUGUCGGUUUCCUAGUGAUUUUUCCUUUUUCCUUCUCUUUUCGAUGGGGUUUCAUUCCGGCAGGCGGGAGAAAAUUGUAACGAACCCAGUUUUCCAAUGAGUGAAUCCUGAAAACCUGGAAGCCAACCAGGAACCAAGGUUACCCUUCGAGCAAAUCUGUGGAAGAAAGAAGCUAGAGAGAGCGAAGAGAAGAAAAAAAUACCGGCACCAUGGGUUGUUGUAGGGUCGUAAAUAAAGUUACGCUUUUACAAUUAUUUAUCGUCCUUCUGGUCGCAUCCGGAAGUGCGGCCAAAGUGAACAAAGAGCGGAAGCAAAAGUUCCUCGGAUCAGCCGGCGGUUCAACUGCCGGAAUCCACCCGGAAGAUCACGGAUACAUCUCCGAUUCGCACGGUCUUCCGACGAAAUUUGGGGACGAAGACGAUGUGAUUUUUGCUAAAAACCACAAAAACGAAUCUUCGGUAACAAAUGCCAAGCCCCCGAGUCUUCUUGGGGGCAGUCACGGAAGUGACUACGAUUACGACUACGAAGAAGAGCUGGACCAUCCGGAUGAUAACGAUAGCCGGGAUCUGCCGCUUCAUCAUGUUGGGUUGGGAUCAGUUGGGGGAAGUGCCGGAAGUGCCAAUGUCAAUGGUGGAUCAAUGAGUGCCGGGGCCAGCGUCCAUGGAGACGAGUUGAUGGGUGUUGGGGAUUAUACCGAUGGGUACGGUGGGGGUGGGGAAGCGAUUGAUCAGAUCGAAAGUUUUGGGGAAGGAAGUGAUAGUGGCAGUCUGCUGCCGGUGUUUCUGGUGGAACCGCAAAGUGCGUAUGUGAUCAAGAAUCGGCCGGCAGUGUUGCAGUGCAAGGCGUCGCAUGCGUUUCAGCUCUCGUUCAAGUGCAGUGGCGGUCACAAACCAGCGCUAACGGCCCAGGAAACCCACGUGGACCCUCAUACCGGGGUCCAGCUGCAGGAAGCGACCACCGAAAUCACCCGGGAACUGGUGGACGAAUUCUUCGGCCGGGGCCCAUACAAGUGCGAUUGCCUGGCUCGAUCUUCCCGGGGACUGGUGCGGUCCCAGCCGGCCACCAUCCAGGUUGCAUACAUCAAGCGGCAGAUCAGCAUCGCGCCCAAGUCGAUCCGCGUCGAGCUGGGUGGCCAGGCGCAGAUCGUCUGCAACGUCAACGCGACCCCGGUGGCCAAAAUCUCCUGGCUCAAGAACGGGGUGCCGCUGGUGCCGAAUCCGCCCGUUGUGAUCACCGUCGAGGACAAGGUGCUGAUCGCCCAGGUCACCAUGCAGGAUAUGGCAAACUACACGUGUGUAGCAGAAAACAUAGCCGGAAAACGCAUCUCAGAUCCUGUAACCCUCACUGUCUACGUCGACGGCGGUUGGAGCUCUUGGGGCCCCCUGAUCGACUGCAAGUGUCCGGGCCAGGCCAAACAGGGCCAGAAACGCAUCCGGGUGUGCAACAAUCCGGCUCCCCUGAACAACGGCGCUCCCUGCGUUGGACCAAACACCGACCCGAGCCACGACUGUUUACCUUGCUCAGCUGGCCGCUGGUCCCAUUGGUCCGAUUGGAGCGAAUGUGCACCGGAUUGUACCCAAACGAGGCACCGAUCCUGCAUCGGAGGAGUUCUACCGGGGUCCUCGUCCUCAUCACUUGGGCCACCUUCUUCCUCUUCCUCGUCGACGUCCUCGGUGGCAGCCCUGGUGGCCAAUUCUACCGGCUACGAGGGACAGCAGCUGCCAGGAUCCAACUGCCUGGGCAAGAACUUCCAGUCGGCCAAAUGCACCGGGGGUGCCUGCAACUACAGCGUUCAAGGAUCAAACUGGACCAUCUACGUCGGGUUGGCGCUUACAGCAGCAAUUUGCAUCGCCAUUGGUGCCGGACUCACGCGGAUUGCCCGCCGGAAGAAAACGAUUCCCGCCUACAAUUUGGCUCGAUCAGAAAUGCCAUCCGAGUACUUCCCGACCGAGAGCAAAAAGCUAACCCAUUUUCAGCCCGAUUUGACACAGAAUACGGUGGCCAUAAAUUACGAAUAUCCCCUGACGCCGCACCACCUUCACCCGUCGCCGGCAGCAGUUGCCAAUAAUGGGGGGACGACGAAUCCACCCCACCAUUUGCUCCACCAGCAACAGCUUCCACCCCCACUGGGAGGGACGGCCAUUACCCUCACAGGACAACAACAACAGCAACCGAACGGAGGCGCCACCAUUGGCGGCGGAGGAGGUCAUCAUCAUCAUCAGCAUGGAGGAAGUUCGCUCAAAAAUUCACUCCCAUUCCCCCGGUCCAGCUCCGAACAUCACUACGAUGUGCCCCAUUUGUGUAACAACUACAUGUAUCCGGUGGACAAAAUCAGCAUAAACGAUUCGUACUCAUCGUCGAGCUACUCCAAACGCAUUUGCAGCGUCGAAUCUCUGGGAUCCCUGACAAACACAUCGGGCGAAUCAACCUACGACCAGGCUCUGCUAGCGACGAACAACACCCUGCCGAUCGUGGAAGGUCACCCCACCGGCGGAAGUAGUUCCCCUUCGACAUAUCGAUCGUCCGACUACACCCAGAUGACGCUGACCCCGGCCGGAGCCCUAAUGCGCCUGAAUACCUACGCCGCAGCUCUACUUAUCCCGGAGGGUGCCAUCUCCAAGCAUCAGAAGCAGAACGUAGUAUUGUCGAUUGUGCGGGAUGAUAAGUUCUGCAUAACCGGUUCCGGUUCGAGGAUAACGUUCUUGAGUCCGGUGGUUUACUGUGGCCCACCCGAUACCAAAGUGCUAAAGCCGGUGGUUCUGAAGGUGCCGCACUGUGCCGAAAACCUGUCGAACUGGCAGUUCUCGUUGUAUCACUCGGUAGAUAAUGGUAGCCGGUGGUCGGAAGUGGUGGCGAUUGGUCGGGAAAAUAUUAACACCCCGGCGUUUGUCCAGAUUGACAAACGGUACGCGUACGUGCUGACGGAGCUGUUUGGGAAGUAUGUGCUGGUAGGGGAGUCGGCUAACGAUAUCCAGGAACGGAUGGCCUGCAAAAAGCUGAGGAUGUUCAUCUGUGGACCGUCGACGGUGCCGGAGUUUUCGGAUGUUAGUGUACGGAUUUACAUUGUGGAGGACAAUCCGGGAGCGGAGGAGCGUUGUAGAUACUGCGAACAGGAGAUUGGAGGAGUGGUGCUGGGGAAGAGCUCGGUGCUGUACUUCUCGGAUAAUAGUCAAGAUUUGUGUAUAGAUAUUAGGUGCGUGGGAGGUUGGAAGGCGAAACCUUUUGGUGAUCGACAAGUGAUACCGUUUUUGCACGUGUGGAACAACAGCAACUCGACGCUUCACUGCAGUUUUACGUUGAGCCGCACCGAGCACGAUAAAUGUGAUUUCAAAAUUGACGUUCAGGCAGUGCAGGAGAACUGUGGAUUCAAUGUGGCGCCAUCUUCGUUGAGUAUUUCGUCUUUCACUCCGCUGUCGAAAGAUGGCAGCAACUGUCAGCACUCGUCAAGUUCCUUCGAAACGAUGACCAUUUGCAGCGUGGGAUCGAACUCGGCGAAUGGUGAACACAAUGUGAUCAAUACCGAUCGGUUUCGACUGACGAAGAUGGUUAAGCGGAAGCUGUGCAAGUGUCUGGAUCCUCCCACUCAGAAGGGUAACGAUUGGCGAAUGCUGGCGGCGCACCUGCAUGUCGAUCGCUAUUUAGCUUACUUCGCAACGAAACCUUCACCGACGGAUCAGAUUUUGGAUCUGUGGGAGUGUCGAAAUCGGGAUUUGAACGCCGUUUGCAGUUUGAUGGAGAUUUGCCGAAACAUGGGCCGCAUGGAUGCCGUCAACAUUCUGCAAGAGAUUCAAACACCUUCCUGGCUGUAGAAGGCGAUUGGCGCAGUUAUACGUAAAUCGGUAGCUUUUUUGUUGGUAGAUUUUUAGCGAGUAGUUGAUUGACGUAGCUGAUGAUCGCGCACCGGAAUUUGCUGUCCGCGUGAUCGACAACUGUGAAACGCCUCGAUCGCAUCAAUAUUAUAUUAUUGUUGAUAGAUGUUGGCACUCUCGCUGGGCGAUCGACACGUGAUUCGAGCGGGGCUCCCAUCAAAAAGCCCGGUAGUCAUAUUGUGUAGAAAUAAUGUACAUGUUCAAGUACCACAACUCGGGAAAUCGAUUUGAAAUGCGGCCUCUGGGAUCCGAACGAGAUUGGCCCCGAACCUAUCGCGCUCGGACAAUGUUCCUUCUGCUUUACAGUUUCGCUCUGUCAUGUUCUGCGCCGGAGCAAUAUAGGUCAAGUCAAUCUUUAUAAAUAUUUAUAAAUCAUUAUCUCUAGUUUCUUUCGCGCGAGGAGUUUUGCAUACGCCUUGCCAGGAACGAGCUCGCAAUUCUAGGAAAGAAAAAUACCAUGCAUUUGUUGAUAUCCUCACAUUACGCGAUCGCGCUUGAAUCGCUCUCGAAACGAGCUCGUACAUGAACUAACGAGUAGGUAUAUGGCCGAUCAAGUCGUGGUGAUCUAGAGCCUGAGUUUUGAUGAUAGCAAACUCUUACCCCUGGCGCUAUUAUUAUUCAAAUUAUUGUGUUUUGUUUCCUGGGACGAGUUUAAUGGCUCCCGGGGCCAAGAUAGUGUUGCAAGAUUUUUGAUUGCUUCCAACAUAAAACCUCUUUGGAGAAGUCUGGUAGCUCUAGCCUUUCGGUAACAAGCCGACCAGUUAAACUCUCGAGAUCGCCAUUGAUAAUGUCAAGAAUUGCCCGACGGUGAUCGGGAUUGAAAAUCGGUAGCAUUCAAUUACACGCCAAUUUCGACGGCGCGGCGUGCCGGUAGUUGUCGAUUGUGAUACGCCAAAUCGUAUCCACAGGCUCAAGGUAGAUGGUGGGCCAGUGGGGGUUAAAUACGGGACUUUGCAUUCACUCCAACUACCUUUGAAUGGGGCCAUUUUUGUUCUUUCCUCGGCAUGGAUUCACAACAAUCACUCGGCUGGACCGAAUACCGGCAUAUACGCACAGCAGUAGCAAGCAACCGUGCGCGCGGUCAGUUAAUUGACUAUUGAUAGCUGAAAUUGAUUUAAUUUUGUCGGAAGCAUGGUCGAGAUUUGACAGACCGCCCCUGAUUCGUUUCGAUUCGGCCAUUGUUGUUCCGGAGCGCGUUCGCUUUCACGGCUUGUCCACGGAAGCCAGUCAGUAUGCGUAAUCUGAAAUAUAUAUAAUGGCCGGCUACCAUCGUCGUAGAAAGGCGAACGGAUUGAGCUGCUACUUUCAGAACCGAGCCGGGAUAACAACAUCAGUAGUAGGUAGCCGAUGAAAAGCGGAAUCAUGUGCGGAAUUGCGAUUGUUUGAUUUUAUUGGGUUGACCCAAUUUCGAACCAUCGAAGUAAAUGACCUUUCGGUCGGAUGUACAGCUCCAGAACGUUUGCAAAACGGGUUAAGUGAAUCGAUUGAAGCUAGCCAGCUGGAUUUGAGAUAUUGCCAAAAUUGAAAGGCCACUUCAAUCCAAUUCAAAAUCCCAUGAGUCCAUGAUUUUGUAUGAGAAGCCGAGUUGGAAUCAAUCCGAAUGUAGAGAAAAAAUCGAAAAUGUUUCGUUACAAUUUCAUAAAAAAGUGCUCUGCAGUGUUGCCAGAUAUUCUUAUAAUUGUUUGAUUGUUGCUAUUCAAGUCAAAUGAUUGAGGUUGGGAAGCUAAAUCGAACUUUGAACACAAUAUGCUUCGCUAAAACGGACAUACUUUUCAAAGUUCAGCUGAAUCUGCCCAGCAAACAUAAAAUCGUAUCAGAAAUGAUAACUUAAGUCGUUUACAAUGGUUUUGCGAAUCGCAAUUCCAAUUGCAUGGUGAACAGAUCGUAUCUGAAUGAUGAAAUUGAAUUC